CCCUCCCCCCUCUUACCGACGCCUUGAACGCCUGCCGACUCCUGCCCAUCUCUCAUUGCGACGAUCCCACUAAUAAUAACGCCACCCAGUUGGUUCACGCCCCUACAGAACGUGGUGCCUCGAGGACGCGGCGGCCCGGCCCUCCAUCCCACGACGGAUCUCAGGACCAAGCUACGUACAAGUAUUUGCGAGCCGAGUUGCUUGCCCAAAGCAAGCGUUACUAUUGCUCUACUGCAUGCUGGUUGACGCGUAAUCCCCAAUAUGGCGAAAGUACAGAGGGCAGAUCCAGACCUGCGCUCUAGGUCGGAUAGCUUCCUGAAGAUGCUCGAGCUGGAGAAGAGGUACAAGCUGCAACGAACCCAAGGCCAUGCCUUCCCAACGACCGCGUCGCCAAGUAUAAGUCCCCCCUCUGCCCAGCCAAAUAAACCGUUUAAGGCUCGGCGUGCAAGCGGACAUCCUCCGCUUUCACACCAAACCCAGAUAAUGAAAGCCGUGCGGCGGAGCUCUGCCCUGCCAUCGCUUUCGAUAUCUAUACCUCCUUUGUCGGCCGACGGUCCUGUCGCCGAACCGGAUGGAUUUGUCAAGGAACCCCAGCCGAAGGAGGAGCGCACCAAGACGGUGACCUUCUCGGGCCCCGACAAAGGCGACGACGGCGAUUCUUCCGACCAGUCCUCCAUAUGCCAGUCGCCAAGCUGGGAGCACUACGGCCGGAAGAAGAAGAAGCCCAAAAAGCGGGACGCCGAGAAGGGCAAGGACGAAAAACCCGCCGGUCCCUUGAAGAAAAAAGGGAACAGACUGAGCAAGGUUCCCCCGUCUAAACCACAGGAAGCCGAGCUGCCGGGGACGGAAAAACGCUCGCACUCGGUUCCCGAGUUAGACCUCAACUCCAAGUCUGACCGGGCGAACCAGGUGGCUGCCGAUCAGGUUCGGUCAAACACUAUGUCAAACCCGAAGCUUCAGGGUCAGCAGAAAAGUAGGGGAUUCUUCUCCAGCUUUAGGCUACAGCACGGAAACUUUGCCGCCGUACAGAAGGUUAUCGAGAGCCGGCGGAUGGAUAGCGAUGGAGGCCGGUCGGCAGCGUCGCCUAUGUUACAACCGCAUCCUGCCCUCUCCGGGGCGGACCCCAGCUUUGCGAAUCCUCGAAAGCCUCCUUCAGUCGGGUCAGCCGUCUCAAACUCGACUCGGUCUAUUUCGUCGCUGGACCAGCUACCGCCAACGGUCCACAAUUCGUCCAGUUCAGGUCAUGGACGCUCUCAAUCAUUGCUGUCGUCUACUCUGAGCAAGCUCAGGGGGCCAUCUUACCUUUACUACCGCCCUGCUGGAGGUACUGAUAACAAGCACCAGCGUCCUAGCAGCUCUCACGACGUCGAGAUUGCGGGGAAUUGGUCUAAGGACCGACCGGUCGGCCCCCCAACUAACACCGCUCAACGACUUCCCACCUUCACCUUCCCACCAAAACCCAAGCGGGCCGCUACGCAACCCACAGCGGACACUAUCCCCCGUAACACACAGGAUAAGGUUGUUUUGAGAGAAGCUGAAGAGUCGAGGGAAAAAGGUAACGCAUACGAGUCUCCACAAACCGUAUCAUUCCGAAGCCGCCACUCCAAACUACCGCAUACGCCAGCGCCCAGUCAGGAGGUAGCCGUAGAGAAGGAAAUACGCCCUAGACCAGAACGCGCAUCUCGACCUACAGGCCACCCGGUUGAGUCUCCUGAGAAUUUCGAUGGACUGCCACCCCCGCAGCCUAGGCAGUCUAAUCUAGAACAUGGAGGUCAGCAUCAUACUAGACGCCGGACAAUGGCUUACGAAUCUCCGCAAGCAAAGGUUUCGGCAGAAUCGGAGCGCACUCCGAGGAAACCGCCGUCUGGCCGGCGUGAUAACGAGAUCAAUGACGAUCAACUGAACGGAUCGGAACCUGUUUACGAUAAAGAAGAAGAGGGGGCAUAUGAAGAAGACCAGGUUUCUACCGGCACACACUCAUCCACCACCCGGCCCCUGCCGCAGAGGCAGGCUCAGGCUUCUUCUGAACCAAAUGGAGUAAAACACGUCACAUUCCCACCGAGCCCGAGUAUGAUAGGAAGAGCAGUUACCUUUCAAGGGGUCGAGGAGCAUGUGGAACAGAGAAUGGUGGUUGAGCCACCGAAAGCUGAACAACCGGCCAGCAUGGGGAAGACCGCUCGCACUGAGAAGCCAUCACGAUCAGAGAAGUCAUCUGACUAUUUCUCCUUCGUUAGCCAGUCAUAUGCCCCCCCUCCCUUGGAACUGCGACCGCCUAUCGAUAGUAAAUUUCCGUCUACGCGGAUUGAUGAAGAGCCAGAGGAGGGUGAGCUGAAACAUGUUUUGAAAAACCUCCCAAUAAAGGUCCAGGUCAACAAGAUGCUCGCUUUUGCUGAAAACACGUCCCAGGCUAGCAUUUCGAGCUCCAGUCCUACUACUAGGGCGACGAUACAAAAGCUGCCCAAAGACUCACCUUCCAUGUCUUCCAACUAUUCGGAUAGCGACGUGCCCCCGUUUGAACGUCUUGGCGUAUCGCAAAAAGUAGCCAGAGUUCUCACUGCAACAGAGAGUUCUAGCACAUCCGCGUCUCAGUCUAAUACCGAGCCAAGUCGGGCCACGUCCGAGAGAUCUUCAUCUUCGACGUGUGAUGACACCCCUCCGACGCCAGACAGUCCACCCCCGCAAUCGCACCAAGAGGACGUAAAAGAUCGAUCAAUGGAUUUGAGAAAUAACGAGCAGCGGGCUUCACGAAGAACCUACCACCCCCCAACAGUCGAAUCAUUUCCAAAGCACAACUCACGACCCGUUAGUAGAGAUGGGGACAUCCAGGAUGACGGCUGGAGUCGGACCGCGUUACCCAUUGAUCUAGACAAUCACUCAGAAGCCUCCGAAGCGAAUAAUCUCAGUGGCAUGGCCCCUGGUCUUCAGCUCGCGGGGAGCCCAGGCCCAAGGAUCUUAGAAGAUGAUGCCAAGGAAAACCCGAACGAGGAGGCACCCUCCACUGGGAAUCUGUAUCAGUACACGAUGCCGCCCCGCGCCUAUUCUGCGAUCGAUCUCCACUCAGUGGGUUCCCUGCCGAACUCCAAGCAUCCACUGCUAUAUCCUAAGAAGUCCAAGGGCGUGGUGUCUCCGACCAGCCUCCCCAACUCGUCAUCUCCCGAGCUAACCGACGCGGUGACUCCCCGGAAGUCCGCGCUAAGGACAUCUCAUAAGAGCAGUCCCCGUAGCGACGACUCUUCGUCGGCCCUAGUCUCUUCCGGCGCCGCUUCCUACCUGCAAGAAGCACGGAAGGCUGCGCCUAUGCCGCCGCCGGCGGUCUCGACGGCGCGAGCCCUGCGGUCGCACCAUGUGCAGAAGGCCCCCGCGGGUGUCGUUGGCGGCGGAGGGAGGGAGCCAGGAUCUAGCGGGGCGCCAGCGGCGGCGGAGAACGGGCGGUCAGAGCCGCUGGCAAAGAUGCUGGUGGAGUGCUGCAGUUGCAAGUUCUUCCACGACAUGCCUUCGCGGGUGUACGAGUGCAUGGCGAAGCCGGACUCGCUCGUUGAGGAUAAACUGCUCGGCGUAUCGGCGACGAUCACGACGAUGGUGCGGUGCCCGUGGUGCGGCCACGGCAUGAGCACCGCGUGCUGCGCCGGCUACGCGGCCGUCGUGUACCUCAAGGAGAAGCUGCACGGGAAAUGAGAGGGGAAGAAGAGAAGAAGAGUAAGGAGGGAAGCUCGUGCCGUAGACCGAUCUCGCCGUGGAUCUGAGUCGGUCUGUAAAUGCUGCUUU